UGACUUACUCAGCCUGAGUGUGCUCCCACCACUGCUGCUCUUCAUCUAUCUGUCUCUCCUAUCUCCUGUUCUCUCUCCAUCACUCCUCUUGAGCUUCACUCUUCCUCCUCGUCUCUGCACCUCCUUCCUGUUUUUAACCUCAGGUUCUUUUCUCUCUGUAUCAGCAAUUAAAUCCACUUUUCUUCUUCCUCUUCUUCCUCUUCUUCUUCUUCUUCUGCUCUCCAUACGUCCUCCUGAGCCUGAGUGAGCGGCACCUGUGCAGAGUGGAGUUCGCGGGGCCGAGGCAGUGCGUUGAACAGGGGAGGGCGGGGAUAGAAAACACCCCUGGAACACCUGACUUAACAUUUCAUCAAGAUAUGUGGAGACUCAGGAAGUGAUCUCCUCCUCCAGCCUUUUUUUUUUCUUUUGCCCUGAGCUGUUUUUCACCUGUUUUGGUCGCAACACCUGGAAUGCUUAACGUGGACUGAUGGAUGUUUCCGAACUGUGCAUCCCUGACCCUCUCUGCUAUCACAGCCAGUAGGUUGCUAACCAGAAUGCCCGCUGAGGACCGACACCUCUCCUCGAGCUGUGGUUCCUACGUCAAAACCGAGCCUUCCAGUCCUUCUUCCUCACUCGUCGACACCGGCAGUCACCACAGUCCCAGCGGCAACUCCGACGCCAGCGGUGGUUACAUCAACGGCAGCGGCGGACGCUCGCACGCCCUGGACUCCCCGCCCAUGUUCAACCCGGGCAUGCUGGGAGGCGGCAGCGCCUGCCUACGCCGCUACGAGGAGUGCUCCGGCGGCAUGGCGGAUGACUCGACAAUCAAGUGCGAGUACAUGCUCAAUGCCAUCCCCAAGAGGCUGUGCUUGGUGUGUGGCGACAUUGCCUCGGGCUACCACUACGGGGUGGCCUCCUGCGAGGCCUGCAAAGCCUUUUUCAAAAGGACGAUACAAGGUAAUAUCGAGUACAGCUGUCCGGCCACGAACGAAUGUGAGAUCACCAAACGGAGACGCAAGUCGUGCCAGGCCUGCCGCUUCAUGAAGUGUCUCAAAGUCGGCAUGUUGAAAGAAGGUGUGCGUCUGGACAGGGUGAGAGGAGGGCGACAGAAAUACAAACGGAGACUGGACGGAGAGAACGGCGCCUACCUCGGCCUCACCAUCCCCCCUCCUGCCAAAAAGCCAUUGACGAAAAUCGUUUCCCAUCUGUUGGUGGUGGAGCCAGAGAAGAUCUAUGCCAUGCCUGACCCCACCAUGCCAGACGGAGACAUCAAGGCCCUGACCACGCUGUGCGACUUGGCCGACCGUGAGCUGGUGGUCAUCAUCGGCUGGGCCAAACAUAUCCCAGGUUUUUCCACUCUCUCACUGGCAGACCAGAUGAGUCUGCUGCAGAGCGCCUGGAUGGAGAUCCUGGUGCUGAGCAUCGUGUUCCGCUCGCUGCCCUGCGAGGAUGAGAUAGUGUACGCAGAGGACUAUGUGGUGGACGAGGAGCAGGCCAGGAUCUCGGGCCUGCUGGACCUGCACGUCGCCAUCCUGCCACUGGCCCGGCGCUACAAAAAGCUGCGCAUGGAGAAGGAGGAGUUUGUCACGCUCAAAGCCAUCGCCCUUGCCAAUUCAGACUCCAUGCACAUAGAGAACAUCGAGGCCGUCCAGAGGCUCCAGGAUUCUCUCCACGAGGCCCUGCAGGACUUUGAGGGCUCCCAGCACCCAGAGGACCCUCGGCGAGCAGGCAAGCUUCUAAUGACCCUGCCUCUGCUCCGCCAGACUGCCACCAAGGCAGUACAGCACUUCUACAGCAUCAAAAUGCAGGGCAAGGUCCCCAUGCACAAACUAUUCCUCGAGAUGUUGGAGGCCAAGGCUUGACACCCGGCCCGGACGUUCGACAGACAGCUGCAUCGGCCAGUGAGCGGCGAGAGACAGCCCGUAAAAAUAAGGGCAGCGUGCCAAUUUGACAGGGAGAGGAUGAAGCUUUGGACGGCCAAGUCAUUUUAACACUUUUAAAAUCGUAAUAAACAUAAAAGAAAAAAGGAACUUGAGAGGUGCGGAUAUCAACCUGAUUGAUGUGGGAUCACGGUGAUGAUGUAAAUAGAGAUGUUUGUGUACAGAAAUCAGGCAACGAAGGUCUUGUUAUAACCAGAGACCCACUGCUGUAUAUCACCUGAAGCUUCUGUGAAUUUGUUUCUUAUCUUAUUUUCAUCUCAAAAUGGAAGUGUGUUAAUAUAAAUGUCCUAAAGAACUGGGUGGCUGCACAGCCACAGUAUGUUUUCUUUGUUUUGUUGUUUUUGUUUCUUUGAUAUUUCCUAAUCUCAGUUGUUCUCAGCAAUAGUCUCUAACUGGUCUACAUAUAAUAUGUGUACUGUAUAUUUGUGUGAAAUUGCACUGGCUGGGGGAGAAUUGUAAGACAUGUUCUUAUAUUCAUCUUCAAAGAAAGCGCCGCCCGCCGCCGCGGGAACGCAAGGGUUCUCGAUUUCCUCGUGAUAUAUUUACCUCAUAGUAGCUUCGUCAGCUUUGAUGGUUAUAGUCAACUUGGUGCUCACAGAAGGACAGUUGGUUGGCUGGCGAUCAUGGUUCUCAAAGAGUUUGCACUAAGCAUCAAUAAAUAACGUGGCAAUAAUGGAUAACUGUAUGAGCGAGCUCCGUGCGGUGGCGUCCCAGUGUCGGUCUUUGGGGGUUUGUCGCUCGUCACCUCUCUGCGGUGGCAACUAAACAUACUGUGAAACCUACACGUGUGUAUACUCUGUGCUCCGAAUCUAUGUGGACUGUCAUAAAACCUUUAUUUUAUACAAAUACAGAUAAGGGACACGAUUGCGGCAACAGCUAUGCAAUUCAAUGCGAUCUAACGCAACCCGAUAGUCGUGCAAUAAAUACAUGGCAACCUCUGUGUGACCGCCUGUGGUCAUUCUGAGUCUUUACGUUGUGAUGGUGCUGUAUUAGAUUGCAAUAUAUUGUGUAGGUUUUGCUUUUUCUUGUGUCCGCCCCCCCCCCCCCCCUUUUUUUUGGGUUGUUACUCUCAAUCAAGUGUCGCUAUAGUAUUGAUCACAUUAGAUCCACAGUGACUUUAAAAACAGAAAGAAUAGAUAUCCAUUCAUCUACAUGAGGGUCCCGGGGGCUGCUGUGGGGGUAAAGCGGGGUACGCCCCCGACAGGUCGUCAGUCAUAACCGCUGAGUAACACGUGUUCUCUGAGCACAACGUGAACACACGAGACGUCACAUUAGCUCAUCGUUAAUGAAGGGGUUAAUCGUCGAGGCUGUUAACUGUAGGUUUGUGCAAACACUGAUGUGAACACAUUCAAAGACAUACACUUUGAGAGCGUUGUAUUAAUCUAUCGAUCAUAAACCAGUUGCCAAAUGAUGAAAGAAAUCGGCAGAGUAAGGUGACACAGAUAUGAAGGUAUUUCUUAUAAAAUCUUACAAUAAUUACACAAUAUUCUGAGGCAGAUAUUGUCCUUUACGAACACUUGAAAGCAGCCGUGUCUUUAAAGUGUCAAGUGCCAUUAGCUUCUGCCCAAACGAGGCGAGAUGAGAGAAAGCCGAGCGACCAGUAACUACGGACAAUCCCCGCAGGGACACACACGCUAUUGAUUGACUGUAAUGUAAUGCAUAGAUAAUUAAAACCCAACACAUUAGAGAAUACAAUUCCACUGAUGCACCCCCCCCCCCCCCCCAAUGCAUAACUAGCUAAUCCAUCCUUAGCUCAAAUUAGUAGGGGUGUGUCACCUUUGUACAGUAGCAAAACCAAAGCAUUCGUGACUUCAGAUACUUUAUACUUUGAAAUUGACUCAUGUUGAUAAAACACCUGCUGUUUCCACGUCAACAUAGAUGUCACUCACGAUAUUUCCCUGACAGUAACACCUUCAUCCUGCCGGGUGUCCCGCUGUGUGUCCAUCCUUUUUAAGACGACUGCGAGAGACUGCGGAGACACUAAAGGAAGAGCCUCUGUCUCGUCGCGUUGUGCCAGUCGAGUGAAAACACAUUUGACUUUUCCCGCCACUGAUCAGAGUUCGUUGACGCAAAAACCCUCCUCUGUGCACUUUAAAGACGGAGAGCCGAUAAUUGUUUCCCAACUUUCCCAUCCCCCAAUUUAUUAUAAGGAAAAAUAAAAGAAAAAUGCCUAAUUUAUUUUCAGAGCUCUUAAACCGUUUUGACUACAUCCAAUUAAUUCUAAUUGUCUCUUAAGCCGAAAUUCUCAAUAGAAAUGGAGCAAUUAAAUCUCUGCUUUGGCUCCACCUCGGGGAGCGGAGACGUUUUAUUUCGGUGGAUGGUUGACGGGGAGGGGGUCCGUCUAAACCUCGACAAAAGCGAUUUCAUGGAUGUCUGUUACAGUCUCAUAACGGAGCGAUCACUGGGCUAUGCAAGGCGAAUAUGGCCACCUAUGUCCCCUGUGUUGUGGAGCAUCAGACUUGACAUUUAGCUGUGCUUUGUUUACAACAUGAAACAUCCUGUGUCGUGCUGUCCAUGGCAAAUGUAUUGUGCAUAUUCCCCCUAUGCUAUACUGUAGCUGCUGUGCAUUGAUGUAGCGGUGAUCAUUCGUUUCAUCAUUUGCCCGCUUCAAUUCAUCUCCCGUGAUGUAGUAGCAACUUCAGCACCAAUUUAGAGCCCACCUGAAUUGCUAUAUAAUGCAAACUACUGUGUCAUGUCAAAGGGUGAUUAAUCAAGUGAGACGGAGUCCCUUAUAUUUGUCCAUGGUGGGAUAUUUUCUCGUUUUAAAUUUUGUUUUCUGUGUCCGUCUGUCCCCCCACACUCACACUUUGCGGUCGUCGACACAGCAGGACUUACAGCGAGUGAAGUCAUCUACACCCUAUACCUCAAUUCAUAUUUUGAAAAUUACACUGGGUUUGGAAGCGGGCCAUGGGAGCCUCCUGGGAAUCAGUGGCACAGAAAUAAAGUGACAUCACUGACUGGGUUUAAAAAAAAAGGAAGAAAAAAAAAAUGUAGAUGAACCCACUGCAAUUGGGGAACACAUUCCUCGGAGGAGAAAGCUGCUUAUUCGCUGUUCCAUUUGUGGACUUAUCUUAUCUCCAUGCACUCUGAGAUGACGAGAUUUACAUAAAACAUGGAGGAACCACCCCGGCCAUCGCGGUGGCGCGGCGUAUAACGGACCCCUGCUAGGUGUAUGUACCAUAGACAUGUAAUUACCCAAGAGGUUACUCCCCUCAGAAGUAUUAUGUUAGCAAUUGUGAUAUAUGAAUCAAGUUAAAAGGAAGCUUUGGUUCAUUUGAAUUAUAAAACUUUGCCCUAUACUCAGAAAAUAACAGGGUAACUACGUGUGUGCACACGUUCAGUGUCGGGAAGUUUGCAAAGGGGGGAAAAUAUGAACCAUGAAAGCAGCUUGUUUCACUGGACUGUGUUGUGUGCCAUUUCCUUGUGUUUUGUUUGUUGUGCUCAUGCCUACUGUACCCAUGUGUAAAUAUAUGCUUUUUUUUGGAGUGAGUCGGAUCUUACAGUGCACUGAAUGUACAGUGACAAUAAAAAAAUCACAUGGUUUAUGUAA